AUAACCCUGGCUGCGCUUCACUUCCUGCCAAGAGGAGGAGCAGAAAACGUUCGCGAGUAGGAAGGUGUCGUUCACUGAUGGCAGCAUUUUAACAAAGGAAAAAAGAACGUCAUCCGGCACCUGUUGUCGUCUUGUGACGUGGGAGCAACAGGCCAGCGCCACAGUGAGCUGAACCCGCCAUGGCUGCAAGACACCAGAGACUGGCAGAACCGUUAGAUGACUCCAUAGAGUCCAAAAGGACGGACCUCCGAGCCAAUGAGAAAAAGUGCUCUUGGGCCUCCUACAUGACCAACUCUCCAACUGUAAUUGUGAUGAUUGGGUUGCCUGCUCGUGGGAAAACCUACAUGUCCAAGAAGCUGACACGCUACCUCAACUGGAUUGGUGUACCGACAAAGGUAUUCAACCUUGGCGUUUAUAGGAGAGAAGCCGUGAAGUCGUACAAGUCCUAUGACUUCUUCAGACAUGACAACGAAGAAGCCAUGAAAAUUAGAAAACAGUGCGCUCUGGUGGCACUGCAGGAUGUCAAGGCCUAUCUGAAUGAGGAAGGAGGGCAGAUCGCAGUUUUUGAUGCUACCAACACCACCAGAGAGAGGCGGGAGCUCAUCCUUAAUUUUGCAAAGAAGAAUGCAUACAAGGUGUUUUUUGUAGAAUCAAUAUGCGAUGAUCCAGAUGUUAUUGCGGCAAACAUCCUGGACGUGAAGGUGUCCAGUCCAGACUACCCAGAGAGGGACAGGGAAAGUGUCAUGGAGGAUUUUCUCAAGAGAAUAGAGUGUUACAAAGUAACUUACCAGCCUUUGGAUCCAGAUGAACAUGACAAGAAUCUGUCCUUCAUUCAGGUUAUCAACGUUGGCCGGCGUUUCCUGGUCAACAGGGUUCAGGAUUACAUUCAGAGUAAAAUUGUCUACUACCUCAUGAACAUCCACGUUCACUCUCACUCCAUCUACCUCUGUCGGCAUGGAGAGAGCCAUCACAAUCAGCAAGGACGCAUCGGUGGAGAUUCUGAGCUGUCAGACCGAGGGAAAGAGUUUUCAGCCGCACUGAGGGGUUUUGUAGAAGAACAUCGUCUGUCAGACCUGAAAGUGUGGACCAGUCAGCUGAGGCGCACCAUUCAAACUGCCGAGGAGCUGGGCGUUCCUUACGAGCAGUGGAAGAUCCUCAAUGAGAUUGAUGCUGGAGUGUGUGAAGAGAUGACUUACAAAAUGAUUGAAGAAACAUACCCAGACGAGUAUGCCAUGAGGUACCAGGACAAGUACCACUACCGCUAUCCUGGAGGAGAAUCCUACCAGGACCUGGUCCAGCGACUGGAGCCUGUUAUUAUGGAGCUGGAGCGACAGGGCAACGUGCUGGUUAUCUGUCAUCAGGCUGUCAUGCGCUGCCUGCUUGCCUACUUUCUGGACAAGAGUGCAGACGAUCUUCCAUACUUGAAGUGUCCUCUCCACACUGUACUCAAACUCACUCCUGUGGCUUAUGGGUGUAAGGUGGAUAUGUUUGACCUGAAGGUGGAGGCGGUCAACACUCACAGGGACAGACCAUUAAAUAAAGAGCGAGGAGAAGUUCCACCAGCUUUCUUUCGGAGGAACAGCUUCACACCGCUGUCAAGCAAUGACCAGAUCAAACGGCCUCGCCUUUACAGCAUGGGCAACCCUCCACAGCCUCGUAUGUCCCAGGCUCCCGCUUUACCCAGCAUGCAAUUCUCUGAGGCAUCUGAGGGCGUGGAGCUGCAAGAAAGCGAGGACUCCCUGAAUGGCUUCAGUGCUGCAAACACGAGCGACGGUUCGGGCAGUUCUGGAAAAGUUGCUUCCAUUUAGUCUCAAGGGACACUGCUGCCCGAAUGUACACUAUGCCCCGGCAUUUCUUCAUAUAUGCACUGCCUGCUGUUUGUAAAAAAUGGCCGCAUUUUAAACCUCCUUAGCACUUACGCACCCUAAAUAUUUAUUGUUUGUUUCACCCCAACAACUUUGCAUGUGAUGAGUCCAAAUCACUGUACAUAUCUGUCAUAAGAAAAAUACUCCAUCCAAUAAUUGUUUGCAGCUUAUACUGUAGUUUAUGCUGCAUUAGAUUCAUGCACAACACAGAGUGUCAAUGUACACCUGAGUGGAAGCCAGUUCUCUUCAGUAGCCCGUGCCCAGGUUAUGUGCCUCCUUCCUCUGUCUUGAUCUGUAUGUCGUCUUACACCAUGUUCUUGUUUGUUGUGGGCAGGCACAAGAGAAAUCUCUACAUUUGCACAUUUGUGUAGCUGUUCACAAGUGUUUGGGCUAGAUCAUGGCUUGGCAAAAAAAAAAAAUAUCUAGAAUGUCAUAAAACAUUAGGAGAAAUAUGUAAAAAAAAAAAAAAGUCAAAGUUUUAAGUCUUACUAAGUAAUGGUUCUUAUAGCCAUCUCUUACUUUUGAGGAGAAGUAGGGUUUGCCUUCAACUGUGACAGCUUUUUGUCACCCUCACAAAGACUUUACGUAGCUUACUGUGCGUCUGACUGAUAGUCUUAAAGCUUGAAUGUACAUUGAUUGUGUUAAAGCAAGAGGUUUUUUUACUGCUUUUGAAUGGAAUGUAAACCAAGGGGACCCAGGAUUGCUGGAAUCAAGGUCAAAUGUUCCUUGUCAUCACAGUGGUCUACAGGUAUAUUAGUUGUUGUUCAAACCUACACAUAUAUAAAAGCAAUGUCACCCAAGAUGUUUAAUGAAGCUAAGGUCAGAGGUCAUAUAUACAUGGUCUCUACCGAUUGCAAUAUGUAACUGCCGUCCCCUCAUUGCUCAGAUAUGUCACGGUUUUGUCUUUUGCUAGAGCGUGAUUGUGAGACUUUGAGUCAGCCAAAAUGGAAUGGAAGUGGUCACCAGUUUUCAGCAAUGUGUUUCUUUAUCAAGACAAUCAAUCAUGCUGUAUGUUAGCACAGUGCCUUUGUGUAAGAAGCUACAAGGUGCAUUUUAAAUGAUUUCAACAUAAUGAAAUAUAUGCUGCUGAGCUGUUUAGAUUUAGUUUGUAUUUUUCAUGUACUUUAUUUACAUUUACAGCUAUAAUCGUAUAGCUAGAAUCACAAUUGUAUUUUUUUAAUUACACAGCAUCACUGUCAAAUCUAUAUUCAUUAGAUUUAUUUUAUUAUAAACAGUGCCACAUUUUCAAUUAAUGUCAUAAUGUGAUCCAACACAUUUAAGAAUCAUUCACUAAAUGCACACACAAAGUUCUACAUUUCUUGUUAAGGUCUGAAUACCAUUUGUUUUUCUGGCUUUACCGUCACUAACAACGACUCAGCCAUUAGAGAAGCAACAAAUAACGAGAUGUAUGUCUGAGAAUUUGAUCUCCAAAGGCAACAAACUUGCCUCCAAUUAUCGUAAUUAUACCGACGUGGUUGAGAUUAUUUGCACCCUUCUGUGAAAGAAAGAAAAACCCCACAAUGUUGACUGAAAGAACUUGAAACUGACAAAAAUCGCAGUGAAUUGGUUCCAGGCUCAGCCGUGAUAAGUGAAUUUGCGCGAAGUGGGAUUCCUUAUUUAAAAUGUAUAAUUUGGUAGUUAAGAGCGUAGGAAACCUGUAUGACCUUUUAAAUACAGUUUUUAACAUUAUUAUGAACAUUAUUACAACCCUCUAGACAUGAAAUAACAAUCCCAAUGUAGUAGACAUAAUCAGAGAAAGUCAAUCAUUUAAGACAUAAAUAAGGUUCACGCUCGUGUGUGUUGCAAUAAAUGUGUUCCAGACGUGUGGAGGACAGGAAGUGGAUUCCGGCUGCAGCAGUAGGCCAUGUUACUUUACUGACACCUAGUGAAAUCAACUAAUACACAUAUAUUUGUGUUUUAGUUUAUGUUUAGUUUAUCCCAUUGACCAACUGUGGAAAGUGCUUAAACAUAGAAUUUAGAGAAGGCACCACCUGCAGGUGCAGGAGUCUCAUUGAGCGUUAGAGGAAGCGCUAGAUUGCAGUAAUUGCUUUGAAAUGUUUUGUAACAAAAUAUGACAUUCAUGGUAGCAUUUUUGUCCAUGUCGUUUUCAUUAGAAAUGUCUGAUUUCCCAUUUGUUAACUUCCUGUACAUUAUUCUGUAUUAUCACUUUUGUCAGUUUCCACUUAUUUCACUGAUUCUUGUGGGGUUUUCCAUCUUUGGUGUAAAGGUACCAUAAAUUUCAGCCGUGUGUGGAAAGCAGGGUGUGUCCGGUUGUUGCCAAGUGUAUUAGUCAUCCACAGUUGUCAACUGUUACUAUUUGGGGACCACAUUGAAAAUUGUUUGUUCCGCUCCAAAUUGUAGAAUACUUGAUUGUACAGUUUUAAUCUAAUGUUUAAUUAAAAGGUCUAAACACCAAAAUGCAUUUUAAUUUUCCUAAUAAACAAAAACACAAAGGAGUAAGUGUUUCCUCCUUUGUGCUUUAAAAAGAUCAUUUGAGCUUCAAUGUCAAUAGCUAUCC